UCUCUCUCUCUCUCUCUCACUCUCUCACAGAGACACACACACAGAGACAGACACGCACGCGCAUUAUUUCUCAAAGUUCACGUGGAUAAUGUCGUCGACAACCUCGGAAACUGGCAAGGCCGUGCCGGGGCGUCUGGCGUCGGUUUACAGUGAGGUGCAGAGCAGCCGCCUCAACAUCUCUCUCCCUCUCCCUUCAGUCCUUAAAACCUCCUUCAACGUCGUCGACGGCCCACCAAGCUCUGCCGCCGGAAACCCAGAUGGGAUUGCAAAGUUGUUUCCGAACCUAUUUGGACAGCCUUCAGUUAUCCUAAAGGCAGGAGAUUCCGGGGCAGCUACAAAAGAUGGAAGUCUGAAGAUUGGUGUGGUUCUUUCCGGAGGACAGGCUCCUGGUGGACACAAUGUCAUUUCUGGAAUUUUUGAUUACUUACAGGAGCGGGCCAAGGGAAGCAGAGUGUAUGGAUUUAAGGGGGGCCCUGCAGGGAUUAUGAAGUGCAAUUAUGUUGAGUUGUCUACAGAGUUUAUCUAUCCUUACAGAAAUCAGGGUGGCUUUGAUAUGAUCUGUAGUGGCAGGGACAAGAUUGAAACUCCAGAACAGUUCAAGCAAGCUGAAGAAACAGCAAAAAAGCUUGAUUUGGAUGGGAUUGUAGUCAUUGGUGGGGAUGACUCUAACACAAAUGCGUGUCUCCUUGCUGAAAACUUCAGGGGUAAAAAUAUGAAGACAAGGGUUAUUGGGUGUCCAAAAACCAUUGAUGGUGACUUGAAAUGCAAAGAGGUUCCCACAAGUUUUGGAUUUGACACAGCAUGCAAGAUAUAUUCAGAAAUGAUAGGAAAUGUGAUGACAGAUGCCCGUUCAACUGGAAAAUACUACCAUUUUGUAAGGCUUAUGGGCCGUGCAGCUUCUCACAUAACAUUGGAAUGCGCUUUAGAGACUCACCCAAACAUUGCAAUUAUUGGAGAAGAGGUUGCUGCCAAGAAGCAAACACUCAAGAGCGUUACAGACAAUAUUACAGAUAUAAUCUGCAAACGUUCUAAACUUGGCUAUAAUUACGGUGUCAUACUUAUUCCAGAAGGUCUAAUCGAUUUCAUUCCCGAGGUACAACAGCUAAUUUCAGAGCUUAAUGAAAUCUUAGCCCAUGAUGUUGUUGAUGAAACUGGAAUGUGGAAAAAGAAACUCCAAAGCCAAUCUCAGGAGCUUUUCGAGUUGUUCCCACAAGCAAUUCAAGAGCAACUACUGCUUGAGAGAGAUCCACAUGGGAAUGUGCAGGUUGCCAAGAUAGAAACAGAAAAAAUGCUCAUUCAAAUGGUGGAAACUGAAUUGGACAAAAGGAAGCAUGAGGGUCAAUAUAAUGGACAGUUCAAAGGACAAUCACACUUCUUUGGUUAUGAGGGCAGAUGUGGUUUGCCUACAAACUUUGAUGCAAACUAUUGCAAUGCACUGGGUUAUGCAGCUGGAGCCCUCCUUCAGUCUGGAAAAACUGGAUUGAUUUCUUCGGUAGGAAAUUUGGGUGCCCCAGUUGAGGAAUGGACAGUUGGUGGAACAGCACUGACAUCCUUAAUGGAUGUCGAGCGGAGACAUGGGAAGUUCAAGCCAGUGAUUAAGAAGGCAAUGGUAGAACUUGAAGGUGCACCUUUCAAAAAACUUGCAUCCUUGCGGGAUGACUGGGCACUCAACAAUCGAUAUGUUAGUCCAGGUCCCAUUCAAUUUGUAGGCCCAACAGCGAAUGCUAUCAAUUACACUCUACUGCUGGAGCUUGGAGUGCAAGCUUAGGAGCAUACAUGGAUGGGUUCUGGUUAUAAAUUCGAUUAUUUAUAUUCAAUAACAAGAAAUUUGAGCAGCAGAUGUAAUUUGGCAAGGCUAUCUCAACCAGGAAACUUAGGAUCCAUGUUGCUGACCCAACCUUUCUUUUCUUCUAUGGUUUCUUAGUAUUUUGUGACCAACUUUUAAUUUUGAUUCUACCUGGUUAAUUAACUAAACAUCAACACUUCAACUAAGGAUUCUGGUUCAUUUCUG